GUAACGGUGUUGACGCAAUUCCACGAUGUGUGUGGUUGAGUUCAGUAAAGACGACCUAAGUUUUUAUAUAUUUCGAUUUUGAUUGUACAUUUCUUUAUAGAUCGGUCGAUAGUUACGUAAACUUUUUAAGUUAUUGCAAUACUUCAUUCAUUUUUUAGCGCUCGAAUAAUUGUUAUUCAUAGCUUUAUAAGUGGCUACUGUAGCAACCUUAGCAACUAGCUAGGUACUGCACAUUAUUAGUCUGUGUGGCCAGCUGAACCAGCUCAAGCUAAAAAUGAAGUGUCAUUACGAGGUGUUGGGUGUCAAAAGGGACGCAACUGAUGAUGAUUUAAAGAAGGUCUACCGGAAAUUAGCUUUGAAAUGGCAUCCAGAUAAGAACUUGGCCAAUGCAGAUGAGGCAUCUGAGCAGUUUAAACUGAUCCAGGCGGCCUAUGAAGUCCUGAGUGACCCACAGGAGAGAGCCUGGUAUGACAACCACAGAGAGGCUCUCCUGAAAGGCGGUGUCAGUGGGGAGUACUCUGGGGAGAAAGUCGACCUAGUACAGUUUUUCACAGUCACCUGUUAUUCUGGUUAUGGAGAUGAUGAUAAGGGUUUCUACACGGUGUACAGGAACCUGUUUGAGGCCAUCGCGGAGGAGGAGUUGGAGUGCAGUAAGGAGGAGGAUUUGGAGGAGGAUGAGUUCCCUUCAUUCGGAGACUCUUUGAGUGACUAUGACACGACUGUGCAUCUGUUCUACGGCUACUGGCAAAGUUUCUGCACCAGGAAGAACUUUGCCUGGAAGGAGGAGUAUGAUACGAGACAAGGCUCAAACCGCUGGGAAAAGAGGGCCAUGGAGAAGGAGAACAAGAAGGUCCGAGACAAGGCAAGGAAGGAGCGCAGCGAGUUAGUGCGCCAGCUGGUGGCCUUUGUGCGUAAGCGUGACAAGAGGGUGCAGGCCCACAAGAAGCUUGUGGAGGAGCAGAAUGCAGAGAAGGCGAAGAAAGUCGAGGAGCUCCGACGCAAGCAAAAGCAGACCCAGGCCAAACUGGCUGAAGACUACAAGGAGCAGAGCUGGGCUGCCAUGUCAGAGUUAGAGAAGGAACUACAGCUAAUGGAGGCACAGUACGGAAAAGAGUUUGGAGAUGCGUCGGGAAGUGAGGAGGAAGAGGAGGCUGACAUGGAGGUGCUUGACAAGAUGGACCAGGCAGGAGCUGACAUACAGAAUAAUGACACGGAACUUUUGGAGGACUAUUACGAUGACUUGUACUGCCCUGCAUGUGACAAAUGCUUCAAAUCGGACAAAGCAUUGAAAAACCACGAGAAGUCUAAGAAGCACAGAGAGAUGGUGACAUUCCUACGGCAACAGCUGGAAGAAGAGGAAGAGUCCCUUGGUCUGAAGGAAGGAAAAGAGGCAGUUGGGGAAGAAGAGGGGGAGGAAGAAGAACUUGAAGAAACUCCAAGGCAAAAGCUGUCUAAAAAACAGAAAAAGAAAAAGAGACUGCAGAGAAAUGCUCAAAGUCCUACAGAGGAGGUAGUAGAAGAGGAUGUGUCCCCCGAGUCCACCUCCCCUAAAGACACCUCAGCGUCCCCAGAGACCCCUCCAGCAACACAGAUGGGCAGUGGCGAGGCAAAGGACACAGAGUCUCUCUCAGAGCCCCAGCAGCCAGCUGCAGACAAACCUUGUGAGGAACAAACCCUGGACUCACAGAAGGAGGAAGACCCACCCACAGAGCUAAAGAGCUCCGGAAAGACAAAAGCAAAGAAAAUUGGAGGAAAGGACAACAAAAAUAAUGCUAAACCACUGGGAGGAGUGGAGCUUGGAGCAGAGAAGGAACUGCACCUACGCUGUGUGACCUGCCACUAUGAGUUCUCCACAAGGAACAAACUGUUUGAUCACCUUAAGUUAACUGGACACGCUACUGCUGUAUCACACAAUGGUAGCAGCAUUAGUGCAGGGGGAAAGAAUAAGAAGGAGAAAAAAAAGAACAGAUGAUCAUGUGACACAGAAGAUGAAAAUUUUUGUUAAAGACUAAACCGGCCUAAAGUGAUCACUUUACACUGGGCUGUUGAGCUGAAGGAGAAUGAACUUUCCCCCACAGGAGACUCUAAAAGGCUGAUGUUUCAAAACCUUUAAAGACUGUCUGAAAAAGGAGACUGAUUGCUGUUUGAAGUUCUUGCUUAUUAGAAAACAAUCAAUGCUCAGAUACUUAAUCAAUGGAUUAAGAAUGUUCCUUUUUGGUUCCUAAGGGUUUUUUCUAUUAUAAACCGAUACUGAUGCAAUGACAACUGCAAAAAAAAAUAUUACACACCUAUAGCCAAUUACCAUUCAAAACUGUACACAUUUCAUUCACAUUUACAUGGGAUUGUUAACAUUUAUUAACUGGCUGGUUAAUAACAUGAAUGCUGAUUGGCUAAACACCUUAGGUGGCAACAGAGGGUAGAAUAUAAGCAAGCCAGCCUUUAGAACAGUAAAAACUAAACGUUUUGUCAUAUCUUUGGUAUACAGUCACAUACUGUUCUGUAGCUGCUCAUUCCGAGUGCUAUAUAUUUACACAAAUAAUGAACUGUACAUACUCAUCUCACUUGUACAUUGGUCAAUAAACCACAGCUGGAAAUCUUAAUAGUCGUUCUUAUGCACGAUGCAUUGUGGAGUGCCUGGAUACAACACAAACCCUUGAUGUCAUAUUGCUAUUAUAAAGUGGUUACCAAUACAUGUAAGAGAUGUACAAAGUUAUGGAAAAUCAUGCCUGUGGUAUAUAGUCUCAAACCAUAGUAUUAAGCCAAUCAGGAUUUGAACUGUGGAAGUCUAUGACUGACAAAACCCAUUUAAAAAUGCAAACAGAUGCUGCAAUUCCUUUUUUUCUAUAAUGGGUAUGCUGAUUUUGUGACAGAACUCAAAUUCACAUGAACAUAUUGCAUUCACUUAUUUCUGAUGAGAGAGUCAUAAUACCUGGAUAUUUGAAAAAUAAAUGGCAACAGUUAUUUUAUAUUUCAUUUCCACAGUCUGUUCAGUACAAUUCUGACACAUUGAAUAAGCUAAUGGAAAUAUUUUGUUUACCAUUUCAUUUCCUUUUUGUGAUAGCAUAAAAUGUGUCAAUGAAAUAUCAAUUGACAUUGCAUUUUCAUGCUAUAUGUGGUUAAAAGACUGUCAAAAUGUAAAUACAAUUGCAAUGCUA